CGCGGCGCGGCGGAGCCGUUAUUUAGGGGCUUGUCGGCGGGGCGUGGGGCGCCGUGAGGUGGCGGCGGCGGCGCCGCAGCGGCAGGAAUUCUGUGCAGCAUGUUUUCUGGGUGGAACUGGGUGGCCCAUUGCUUGUAUCUGCUCUUGAAUAUUUGUUCUCUUGAAGUUUCAGGUGGACUUGUACAGUCAUGUGGUCACAUCAUCCCAGAGUCUCCUGUAUUGGCCCUUGGUUCCAAUUUCACAGCAUUAUGCAUUUUGAAUGAGAGUUGUCUUGACUUUGGCAAUAUCUAUGCUAAUCAAAUCAUCUGGAAAAUUAAAAAUAAAGUGGUACCUAAAGAACAGUAUCGUGAAAUAAACAGAACCGUUUCCAGUGUCACAUUUAAUGACACUUCUUCACUAGCUACUCCUCUGACAUGCAACAUUUUAGCAGAUGGACAGAUUGAGCAGAACAUUUAUGGAAUUACAGUUACAAUAGGCUUGCCCCCAGAGAAGCCCAAGAACUUAAGUUGCAUUGUGCAUCAGAAGUCAAAACUCAGAUAUCCUAUGACUUGUACCUGGAACCCUGGCAGGCAUACGUUCCUGGACACUCACUUUAGGUUGAAAUACAGAUGGCCACAAGAGAACUUUCCUGACUGUAUACCAAAAGAUGUAAACAAUUCUUGUACGAUUGAUGAUGUUCAGUUCUUUGUUAACCUGGAGGUCUGGGUAGAAGCAGCAAAUGCUCUUGGGAAGGCUGAAUCUGAUCCUCUUGUUAUUGAUCCCAUUGAGAUUGUUAAACCUCUGUCGCCCCGCAACUUAUCAGUCAACUCAGGAAUACUACCAACUGUUCUGAAGCUUUCCUGGGAGAAUCAGAUUUCUAUAGCUGUGAUGAAGCUGAAAUUCAAUAUUCGCUAUAGGAUCAUUGGUGACACAAACUGGAUGCAGGUUCCUCCUGAAGAUACAGCUUCACCAAGAACUUCAUUCAGUGUUCAAGGGCUCAGACCCUACACAGAGUAUGUCUUUUCAAUUCGUUGCAUGAAGGAAGAUGGGGUGGGCUACUGGAGUGACUGGAGUGAAGAAAAAACUGGGGUCACAACUGAAGAUAAACCAUCUAAAGGACCAGCCAUAUGGAGGAUCAUUGAUGCAUCUAGCUCACCAGCUUCCUGGACUGUGCAUCUGAUGUGGAAGGCAUUGGAGCCAUCUGAAGCCAGUGGAGUAAUCUUGCAGUAUGAAGUGACUGUCAGAGCUAAAUCAUCUCUCUCCAGUCCGCCAGAGAAAUACAAUGUCAGUACCACCAACCUUACAUUAAAGCUGCCAAAUGGAACUUAUGAAGUGACUGUGAUUGCCCGUAACAGAGUUGGGGCAUCCCCUCCAUCAGUUUUACUUAUCCCAGCAAGUAAUACAAAAGCUCCUGUGAAGAAUGUUAGAACACUACCUAAAGAUGGCAAGUUGUGGGUAGGGUGGACUGCUCCUAACAGUUAUGUUCUUAAAUAUGUGAUCGAAUGGUGUCUGGUGUCCAACAGCUCAGACUGCACUAUAGAAUGGCAGAACGAACCAGGAAAUAUUCAAGGAACAUAUUUAAAAGGUGAUAUAAAGCCGUUCAAGUGUUACUUGAUAACUGUUUACCCUCUGUAUGCUGAUGGUCAAGGAAGUGGACAGUCUGUGAAGGCUUAUCUUCAGCAGGAUCGUCCUUCAAAAGGACCAACCAUUCAGACAAAAAAAGUAGGAAAAGCUGAAGCUGUUCUGACAUGGAACCAUCUCACAGUGGAUGAACAAAAUGGAUUUAUCAGAAGUUACACCAUAUUUUACAAAACUAUUGAUGGAAAUGAAACAGCUGUGACAGUGGAUCCUUCCAAGACAGAGUAUACCCUUUCUUCUCUAACCAGUGACACACUGUAUACAGUGCGGAUGAUGGCAUACACAGAUGAAGGAGGCAGGAGUGGUCCCGAUUUUACAUUUACUACACAAAAGUUUGGAAAAGGAGAAAUUGAAGCCAUAGUUGUACCUGUGUGUCUAGCAUUCCUGUUGAUUGUGCUCCUUGGAGUUUUGUUCUGCUUCAACAAACGUGACUUAAUUAAAAAGCAUAUCUGGCCUAUUGUCCCUGAUCCAUCCAAGAGUAACAUUGCCCAGUGGUCUCCUCAAGUUCCAGCUAAGCAUAACUUUAGUUCCAAAGAUCAGAUGUACCCAGAAGGCAGCUUUACAGAUGUAAGCGUCGUAGAAAUAGAAGCUGAUGACAAGAAGUCUUUUUCAGAACAAGAUCUAAAACCCUUUGACUUGCUUAAAAAGGAAAAAAGUACUUCAGAAGGGCACAGCAGUGGUAUUGGAGGAUCCUCGUGCAUGUCUUCUCCUAGGCAAAGUGUCUCUGACAGUGACGAAGGUGAAACUACGCAAAACACUUCAAGCACUGUACAGUAUUCAACUGUAGUACUUAAUGGCUACAGAGACCAAACACCUGUACAAGUCUUUUCAAGGUCUGAGUCAACUCAGCCACUGCUAGAUUCAGAAGAGAGGUCAGAGGAUCAUGCUGGAGGAAGUGACAGUACAACACAGAGGCAGCAGUAUUUCAAACAAAAUGGGGGUCAGGAUGAAACCAACACAGACAGGCCAUGCUUUGAAAGAACAAAGCAAAUUACUUCUGCUAAUGAGGGGGAUCUUGUUGGAUUUGCACAACUGCAGAUCUCAGGUCAGAGUUCACAGCUGUUGGGCCUUGGGCUGGAAAAAAAUGCCCAGGAAGCUGCUCUCUUAGGUGUUUUACAGACAAGUACUGAAGGACAAACUGUGAGACCUGAAACAGUGGAAGGAAAUCCACUGUCAGUUGAUGAAAUGCCAAAAAGUUACCUCCCACAGACUGUGAGACAAGGGGGCUAUAUGCCUCAGUGAGAGAAGAGACUGGCUCUAUUUAGGCCUUCAUUAGUGCCUGUUCACACUUUCUCCUGUGUUUCUGAUAAAUUAAGCUAGGUAUUUUUAUCUGAAUGCAGAUAGAAAUAUUGAAAUUCAAGUGAAGAGUAAUUUGACAAAGUACAAUAAGGACUGUGUUUUUGUGGAAAGUUUGCAGUCCAGACCUACUGGAGACUUACUUUUAUGCACUACAUAAAAUCUUAUGUCUGGAUAGCUGAACAAGGCCUUUGUGCUACCUUGGAAUUUUUGUGUAUUAUCAGAUUUACACAUGUUUGAAAAUGGCAAGUUUCGAUUAAUCACAUUGGCCAAUAGACCUCCUAGAAGAAAUACUUUGAUUUGUGACAGUGUACAAGCCUAAAAAGCCAGCUUUAGUUGCUUGGAGCAUCUUUGUGUAAGACUGAAACUUAGUAUUCCAACAUGGAAGAAUACUUGUCAUAUACUUUUCAGUAGCUUGACUGACUUUCUGAAUUUUGACUUGGCCCAGUGUCUCAAGUUUCCAGCUUAUUAGACAUGUAAAUCAUGUUCAUCCCAGUUUAAAAAUUACAAAAAUGAAAUAGACCUUGCUAUGGUGUGCAAAUAAGAAGACAUGAUUGCUUGACUCUGAAUACUACUAUAGUAAUUGAUAUUCUGCCUACAUUUAGAUAUGUGUACACAUGAACUAUAUAAUAAUUUGACCUAAAAAUGUGCCUUGCAACUUCAUGCACAGCAGUUCAGCCUCAUGUUCAAAAGUUUAAAAAUCCAGAUGAAAAAACAAAUUAUUUAAAGUCUUUUUUACCCAAAUCACUGUCUGAUUAUACCAUACCUCUCUGGUCAUAUAAAUUGCCUCUGUUUAAUAAGUGCACCUUUGCUGUAUACAUCUUGAGAGGCAAGUAAUGAGCUGUAAGUUUUUAUCAUUUUUCUAACUGCUCAGGAGAAAGGAAAUACGACCUUCUUCCUACCUUGACUACAAUGAUUAGUGUGCUGUAAUGUCACUGUUCAUGCCGCAGGUCCUCCUUGAAACUGAAAGCAGUAAAAAACAAAGCACUGAAGUCAUUGAAGGUCUCAGAAGAAAAAACAAAACCUAUACCCUGAAUUUGAAUGUUACUGGUAGUAUGUAUGUAUUAGCAAUCAUAAGCCACAAAUAACACUUAAGUGGUUGUUAAAAUUCUGUACUUUUUUUCCUUAGGUCUCAAUUUUCCCCUGUUCAUAGAGUUUGCAUUUUCUUGAAGAAGAUACAUUUCUUGGAGACUGCCUCUACCAGGGUUUAAAGAAAAAUGAAAUUACAUUGAAAUAAACCCCUUCUCCAAUGAUAACUAGAAAUUUUAUGGCACUCUUAUGAAGAUGGGGUUUUUUAACCUUAACUUAGUCUAGUCAGCUUUCUAAUCUGACACUAAUAAGACCUUAAUUUGAAACACUAAAUGCUGUGUUGUGAGAAUAAAACAAAGGUUUUAUUUCUCCUUCAGCAAAGAACUAUGUAUUUAAGACCACCUGAAACCUUUUUUGCUGUGACCUCUGGUGCUGCUGUUCUGCAGAGCAGUUACUAAAGGCCCUGGAAAGGCAGGUGUCUAUCAUUUCAACUUCCCUUGUCCUUGUCUGCCAGCUUGCAUGGAAGGACAGGUCUACAUAUAAAUGUUCACAUGUGUCUUCUGCUUUUGUUAAAAAAAAUGCAAUGCUAAAGUAAAUUCAUAAGAUUACCUCUUGAAGUCUGGACUAUUUAAAACAGAUAAAGAAUGCAGAAUCUUUAAUAACAUUUCAGUAUUCUACAGUUCCUUUCUCCCAACAGUAUUUUUUGUAUCAGGGCACUUUUUUAAACUAAAAGACUAUGUUGCAGCUUACUAUAACUACAGCUUUCUUCAAACCAGUCCCCUUCCUUUUCUCCCCACUCCACCCCAGCACCUUCAAACUCCAUCCGACAGGGCAAGGGCAUAAUGAAGAGCAUGUUGUCAUGAGACAGCAGAGAUUGUCUUUUGUUUUUUUCAGAGGCUGAAGGAGCAUUCCUUUGUCAGAACACAUUCCUGUUGGAAAAUAAUAGUUACUUUACUGGGGGAUGAGUUGUCUUCUCUAUGCAAACUUCAUAGUGCCUGUAGAAACCAUAAGUAAAAGGGAAAGUCUCUGAGUGGUUUGCAUGCAUAUUAGAACUGCCCUGCAGUCAUGUGCAUCUAAUCCACCUCUGGCUCAUCUCUGAAAUACUGUGGGCCACAACCUGGCUACUUAGUAUGAGCAUUGCUUCAAAUGCCUGAAUGUUUUCAAAAACACACUGAUGAUUUAGUUUUGGGGAUUUUUUUUAUUGUUGUUUUGUGAUCCAGUGAUACUAACUUUUGAUAGUGUAGUAUAUAUCAUAUUUGAGGGACAACUUCAGUUGUUCCUGAAGUUGCUAUUUGCCUUUCUGUUGUGUAAAGGGAAGGCAUUUUGUUCUCUCUGUUGCUGUUAAUCAUGGACCAUUUCCAAUGUUAAACAGCAUCAACAGAUUUGUAUUUUUAAAGGUCUGUGCUAACAAGAGUUCUGGCCUGUCACUUCUGGCAUCUUUCUUUCUUUGUGGGCCAGUGGUAAUAAACUCAGAGUUGUACAGGAGUGUAGCCUAGAGAGAAUUCUGUCUGUCUGGUAGAGUUGUACCCUAUCUUUAAGGCUUGUGCAUUUAUCUAGGGCUAAAACAUUAAAGACUAAGCAGGAGAUACUGGUGGCUGAACAGCUUGUAGAAGCCACAAUACAUAUAAAGAACAGGUUUACAGCUUGUUUAUAAACCUGUGUGCCAAAUAUUAUAUCAUGCAGUGUUCAGAGUUUAACUUGAUUUUGUACUUUAGAUCAUAACUAUCUAAUUGUAUCUAACAGUUGCAUACAGGUUUUUAGAGUGUCUGUAAUGUAAUUAGAGCAAUCCACUGAAAUUCGCUGAACUUGGCCCUAACACAGUAAUAAAAGAAAAAGCUCUCUCCUUCCUGCCCCCCUGCCCCAGUAAUUAUGGUGCACUUUACAAAAUAAAGGCAUUAUUAAAAUAAAAUCACACUCACUAUUGAUACUUUCAUGUCCAUCUUGUUUUCCUGGACUGGAAUUUUUCAGGUAGGGGUGGGAGAAUACUUGUAAAGACCUUGUUACUUUGGUGGCAGGAAAGGGAGGCCAGUAGAAAUAUAAAGUAUUUUUCCUGUAUUAGCAUAUUUGAAAUAUCUCUUAAGUGCAGGCAGGCUAACUGCUCCUCUGUUUACAAGGAAAGUGAAUGUUUUUAUCUCUGUAGUUCUGUUGUGGUUUUCUAAGGUGUGUUGGCUUGCUUUCAGGGCAGUUAGUCUGGGACUAUCCUCUCUCACAGUAGUGAAAGUCUUGGAAUUAUGUUUCAUAUGCCCAACUGUAGUAAACUAAAGCCUUAACCUGGCAGUGCAAAGCACAGCAGAGCAAAAAUUUUUCUAAGCUUUGCUCUGGAGUGUUUGUGACAAGCACGUGCCUGCCUGUGCUACAGCAUCCUAGCAAAAUGCUUAUCAUCAGGACUGGAAAAAACUUUAGCCCUGGGAGGAGGAGGGAGUUUGCAUGUGAGGGCCAAGUCCUGUUCUUGGACACUGGAGGAGCAUGGCCAGAUGGUUAAAACUUACAUUAGUGUGCCCAGUAUAUGGGAAUCAGCAUGCUGAUUAAACUUCAGUAACUGAAUUUGUUUCAUUAGUGCCAGGUCUUGAAUAUCCAAGACCCACAUCAAUAUAUGCUGUUGUAGUAUUGACUUAACAGUGGGAUCUGAAACUCCAAAGACUGUAAAAUUGUUAAUAGUCAGCCCCUGCUCCAGGACAUACACAUUUUAAAUUCUAAUUUAUGUGUGUUAAAUGGGACUAAAUAUACUAGUUUAUUUUCCCUGGGACAGUUGUUGUAAUUGAGAUUAACUGUUACUUGGUUACAUUCCUUUAACCAUGUUUAAAAGUUCUGCUGACUGAUGGAUUGUAAAACUUCAUUAAUCCCUUGUAACCUCUUGUCUGGUUGCUAGGAUGGAUACAUAUAGCAUUUUAAAUUCCAAGAGUUUCUUUUAAUGUUCUUUGGAAGCAGUUUAUAACAAAUACGUUGAGUCUUUUGUCAUGAAACAGCUAUUUGGGAAUUACAGCCAACCCCACAGUCUUCAGCUUAGCUCUUGAUCUAGAAAACUGCAGUAAAGUGGAGGUAUAAGUACAAAUGUCUGGAGAAGGGUAAAAUUAAGUAUCUUGCACUGGACUCACAAAUUCCCAUUUCUCUUCCCUCUUCCUUAGAAGUGAAAGGGUCAGUU